UAUAAUACCCUAAAAAUGGAAGUGUUAUAUCAUAAAACAGUAACCACAAAGAUCGCUUCUGUGGAAGCUUAAUAUUAUCUCAAUAGUUUUCCUUUCCAAGCAAGUUGCUUCUCUCCCAUAAAUUUCAGCUAGAGCUAGGAAAACUCAUGAGAUCCACUUAUGCAAAUUUUAAACUUGUCAUUUGAGCGGAGUCAUCAACUUCUAGUACGUUAAUAUAUGAUCCUAGUAAUUAAGUUCUGAGCAAAUUGAACUCAGAACUGAACAAGAUCACAAAGAAACCUAGAGGCAGUAAAAAUUAUGGCUAUGGAGGAGCCUCUGGUGGUUAACCUGGAGAAAGAAGAUGUGGUGGUGACAAGAAAAGUGUUUGUUGAAGAGUUGAAUGAGGCGAGUCGUAUAGCUAUGCCGAUGAUAGUUGUGACAGUAUCACAGUACCUUCUGCGUGUUUCACCAAUGAUAAUGUUGGGUCAUCUUGGUGAACUUUCACUUUCUAGUGCUUCUAUUGCUACUUCACUUUCCAAUGUUACCGGCUACAGUCUUCUUUUUGGAAUGUCUAGUGCACUGGAGACUCUAUGUGGGCAGGCCUAUGGAGCAGGACAAUACCGAAAACUUGGAACUUUUACUUAUAGUGCUAUUAUUUGUCUAUUUCUGGUAUGCAUACCAGUCUCUCUUCUAUGGAUCUUCACGGAUAAACUUCUUAUAUUGAUGGGCCAAGAUCAUUCAAUCGCAACUGAAGCUGGAAAAUACGCGAUUUGGCUCAUUCCAACACUAUUUCCAUAUGCUAUUCUUCAGCCGCUGGUUCGGUACCUUCAGGCACAGAGUUUAAUCCUACCAAUGCUUUUGAGUGCAGUGGUAUCUUUAUGCUUCCAAGUGACGGUUUGUUGGGCUUUUAUAUUCAAAUUGAAUUUAGGGAUUGCUGGAGCAGCGUUGUCAAUCGGUUUAUCCUAUUGGUUGAAUGUGAUCUUGCUUAUUCUUUAUGUGAAGUACUCAUCGGCUUGUGAAAAGACUCGAGCUUCAUUCUCUAGCGAUGUUUUCCUGACUAUGGGGGACUUCUUCCGCUUUGCAAUCCCAUCUGCUGUAAUGGUUUGCUUGGAAUGGUGGUCAUUUGAGCUAAUCAUUCUGCUCUCUGGUCUGUUGCCAAAUCCGAUGCUAGAGACGUCCGUUCUAUCCAUAUGCUUUACAACCACUUCAGUGCACUACCAUAUACCUUACUCUUUUGGUGCUGCAGCAAGUACUCGGGUUUCAAAUGAACUUGGAGCUGGGAGACCACAGGCGGCAAAAAUUGCUCUCGCUGCUGUGAUUGUUCUCUCUGUCACAGAGUUUGUUCUUGCAAGUAUUACUCUAUUUGCGCUCCGCCAUUCAUGGGGCUAUGCAUUUACUUAUGAGAAAGAAGUCGUCACUUAUGUUGCGGAAAUUACUCCUAUUCUUUGCAUAUCAAUCAUCAUGGACGGCGCUCAAGCAGUACUAUCAGGAGUUGCCAGAGGAAGUGGGUGGCAACAUAUUGGAGCCUAUGUGAACCUUGGAGCAUAUUAUUUGGUUGGAAUUCCGGCGGCUCUAUUACUUGGAUUUGUGUUGCAUCUAAAUGGCAAGGGUCUUUGGAGUGGAUUGGUGGCUGGAGCAACUGUGCAAUCUAUUUCACUCUCCCUUGUCACAGGCCUCACCAAUUGGGACAAACAGGCCAUUGAAGCAAGACACAGAAUUUUUAGUGAAAAGCGUCCUGGCAAAAAUCAGUUCAUUGAAUGACAGGACGUGCAAAUGCUACAAUAGAGUGUAAUAAAGCUUAAACUUCGUUGAUUUAGCAAGGAUCACCACUCAUCAUAGUACCCAAUUGGACAAUUUUGGAAGUGAUACGUCUCUCAGGUGUUAAUUUAUUUUUCUUUUUCCUGCUUUUAGAUAAACAGAUUUAUUAUUCCAUUCCGGGAGAGAUUUUCUGGAGUUAUAUUUUUCUGUUACUUGCGGAAUGAGGAGAAAUUUUUAAGUAGAAUAUUUCAAAUGUUGUUAGAUACAAUAUUCCUGUUUCCUUA